AGCUCCUUUUGCGAAGGUUGAAAUAUUUUAAUUCGUGAUAUUUCACCAAGUGACUAAAAUGAAAGCUGUAAUAUUUUUGGUGGCCAUCUCGAUUGUCCAAUGGGCAAACUGUGAUUACCAUCCACCACCUUACGCAUUUUCUCAGUACAGACCAGGAUAUUCUUCUGUGGGCCAAUAUUAUAAGCCUGAGAUUUUUGGACCAAAUGCAAUCAGUACCAACAAUAGUCAUCACUUUCAAGUAGGAUACCCAAGUUAUGGAAACGUUUUGCUGUACCGUCAAGUCCAAUCCAAGAGUGGAAACUUUUUCAGGAAAGCUACUAGAGAGGUGUCAUUUCCACCAGUGGGUUCAAGAAAUAAUCGCACAAUCAGCUGUGUCCGUGCCUUGGACCAAUAUGUAAAUGGCCAAGGAGGCUAUGCCACUCUUGUCAAUGGUGGAGUUGGUUGGAAAAAUGUAACUUUACUCCUAUCUUCUCAGACUGGCAAAGGAUUUAACUUCUUAGUUGAAAUUUGGGGAUAUUAGAUUAGAAAUAUAAUGAAAAUGUGAAUAUAGAAAAAAUUAAAUUAAAUAUACAAUAGUAUUUUAAAUUUGGCACACAUCUAUCUAUGCAUCCAUAAAUAAAGGUUAUAUACAGCAUUCAUU